CCAUAACACCACAAGACGAAGAAGCAGCAUACCGGAAGCCGACCACAAUGUUGAAGACGGGCGCAGGAGUUGGAAUAGAGUAACGAGUCCAAACUUUGCUCUUUACUGUCGUUACGACUCCCCUUACACAGCAUCAUCUUCAUCAUCUUCAUCCUCCUCGCCACAGGAGGAACAAGCAGCCAGACACCUGUGUCUGAAGACAAGUCACCGGCAGCUAUGUCUUCAGCGGUGGAUCUUAAGACCAAAGAGGAGAAGGAUGCAGAGUUAGACAAACGAAUCGAAGCUCUGAGAAAGAAGAAUGAAGCUCUGGUCAAGAGGUAUCAGGAAAUAGAGGAAGACAAGAAGAGAGCAGAGCAGGAGGGCAUCGCCGUGACAACACCUCGGAAACCCCGUCCCCACGAGCCAGAGACGGACAGGAGGAAGACGGAGAAGGAAAACUUCACUGUGAUAGUAGACCUUUCAAAGCCGUCGGGGGACAAGAGAGUUGUGAGUGACAGGAAAUCUGGAGUGCCUCGCGGCCGGAAGACUUCAGAGGAGAGCGACGGCCACCGAGGAGGGCCAAACGACGGCCACCGAGGAGGGCCAAACGACGGCCACCGGGGAGGAGGGCCAAACGACGGCCACCGAGGAGGAGGGCCAAACGACGGCCACCGGGGAGGAGGGCCAAACGACGGCCACCGAGGAGGAGGGACAAACGACAGCCACCGAGGAGAGCCAAACGACGGCCACCGAGGAGGAGGGCCAAACGACGGCCACCGAGGAGGAGGGCCAAACGACGGCCACCGAGGAGGAGGGCCAAACGACGGCCACCGGGGAGGAGGGCCAAACGACGGCCACCGGGGAGGAGGGCCAAACGACGGCCACCGAGAAAGACCUAAUCAUGGCCCCCGAGGGCCCAGUGACGUCCAGCGAGGAGGGCUCAAUGAUGACCAGCGAGGAGAGCCAAAUGAUGACCACCGAAGAGAACCAAAUGAAGGUCACCGUGGGCCCAGCGACGGCCACAGCCCCUCAAGGAGGACGGGGUCGGGACGAAUGAGUCGGGGGAGUCAGAGAGGAGGAGGAGGCCGCCAUGAAAGAAGAGAGUGGGAACCCAGGACACCCAGAGAUGUAGAACCAGGGGAGUCAGUACCACAUGGACGCAGAGGAGGAAGGAGAGGAAGAGGAGGAGGCGAAGCAAGAGGAGGAGGCGAAGCAAGAGGAGGAGGCGAAGGAGGAGGAGGAGGAGGAGGGGGAGGGGGAGAAGGAGGAGGGACACCAGGUGGCAUGGACAGGAAGUCCAAGGAAUGGGAGGAGAAGAGACGACAGAACAUUGAGAAGAUGAAUGAAGAAAUGGAGAAAAUAGCAGAGUAUGAGAGAGGACAGCGGCCAGAUGGAGACAAGCCGAUCCGAAACUUCCUGGACGACCCGAGACGUUCUGGCCCAGCGCCAGACAUAGACCGCAAGGAGGGCAGCAGGAGACAUGUACGAAACUGGGGAGGACUGGACUUCGAUAACGUGAAGACAGGAGCUGAACUGGAAAAAGAGUGGACCAGUCGAAGGCCCGGACCGAAAGGCUCGAUGGACAUGACCAUGUCCAUGACCGGCCGGGAGAGAGCAGAGUACGUGCGCUGGAAGAAGGAGCGCGAGCAGAUUGACGAGGAGAGACUAGCACGCCAUCGUAACGCCACAGGCCAGUGGAGACGAGAGUGGGACGCACAGAAGACGGAGAACAUGUUCAAGGAGGACCCAUAUGUGGCCUCAGAGGGCAUCACACCAGAGCAAGGAAGCAGGAGAGACGAAAGUAAGCGGCCCCCUAAAGCUCCGACCAUCGGCGACUUCUUGUCCCAGGGCAGGACCCCAGGGCAAAGGGGCGAACGGGGCAGAGGUCGGGGCCGAGGACAGAAACCGAGCUACAGCAUGCACGACAACCGCUGGGAAGGGGAGAAAGAAGAGGAGGACAACACAAAGAGAGAGGAGAAGACCCAAAAGGAGGAAAAGGAAGUACAAUCCAAACCUCCUGCAGCACAGAAGGUGGAGUCCAAGGACGGAGAAGAUGACGACGAAGAAUGGGAGGACGCCAGUGACGGAGAAGACGAUGAGGGGAGCGACUCGGAACAAGACUCCAGAGGUGAUGAGAAGAAAGACUCCGGGAAAGAGAAACCAACCAGGAGCAAAUACAACUCGCAGACAUCUCCCACGCCUUGUUCCCUACGGCCGUCAGCACAAAGCCCCAAAGAGCAGCGGCCUUCCAGGCCCAAGAUCCACAUCCCCCCACCGUCAGCAGUUCAGGAGUCACCAGAGGGGGGCAAGCCCCUCAGCCCUUUCUACCCGCUGGAAGGCCACCAGCCUGUGUCAGACUGGGGGGAGGAGAUGGAGAUGCUGUCGCCUCGGAGCAGCAUGGAAGGCGAGAGCCCCCUGAAACCCCCCAGCGUUGAGGCCAGCCCCCCCCAGAAGAAGGAGCAGGAGUUGGAGGAGGUGACAGAGAGCCAAGCUACCGACUCCGGUGAACCCGCUGAGCCACAGAAAGAGGAGGACUCAGCCAUAGAUAUUUCCUCUCCUUUAGAAAAGAGUAAAGCCCGGCAGACUGUGAUAGUGUCAGAACCAGAGUCCGUCCCCACAGACUCCCCCACUGCACUGCCAUCUGACUCCGCCCCCUGUGAGGUUUAUGACUCCGCCCCCUGUGAGGAUUCUGACUCUGCACCCUAUGAGGUUUCUGACUCCUCCCCCUGCAAGGUUUCUGACCCCGCCCCUUGUGAGGUUUCUAACCCUGCUUCCUGUGAGAUUCUUGUGUCGAAGGACCAGGAUACACCUGCUGCCCCAUCACAAGAAGACAAUGUGGACAGCCCUCCUCUGUCUCCAGCCGUGCUGGAGGCUGACCAGAGCUCCUGUGAACCAGGAGGAGGGGAAGCUGACGACCCGGCGCCUGCUGCGACCGACGCUGCUCCGACAGCAGAGGCCGUGGAGUCCUCAGAGCAGACAUCCUCAGGCUAAAACUGCUGGGAACAAACAGACUGACUUCUGAGGAGGAUGGAACAUGAGAUGGACGGACCUCUCUCUCAGCUGUUUCUUUUUGGAUCCGUGGUUCUGAUCCCCUCUGGGCCGCCGCCAUGCUUUGUCUCCCUUUGUUAAGUAUUAAGAUAUGAUGAGUGAAAUCAGCGUCAGUCGCUGGUUUUCUAAAUGUUUUGUUCCCACAGUGGGGACCCAUGCUUUUCUGGGCUGGUAAAAUGAACUAAGUGGGAUUUGAGUUUGUCCAAAAGACCACACGUGUAGUUAUGUUUUCACAGAUCAUUUAGGAAAAUUGACAGAAAUCAGGAGCUAGCCAAAUCUCCCUUCUUUAGAUUAACAGCGCAUUAGUUAAAUGCGCCUAUGCUUAUGCACACCACGUGCACGUUAUGCUUGUUACACACACACGGAAGUGCAGCGGCACACAAACAUGCAAAGGAUUACACAUAAAAAUAUGACGGUGCAAAUCUGCAUAAUGAUAGCAAUGCACCAAGGUAUAAACGCGCCUCUCUUUUAAAUGGAAUGGGAGAUGACAAUUUUGAUUGGUUUACUGAAUGUUACGCCCAAAACACACCUAUGAAUUAAUUAAGACACUAAGUACAACCCUUUGGAACCACGUGCCCGGCGCAUGGACCUUUUUUCGGCCGAUAAACUAGCAAAAGUGGAUUUUGACACGCCCUAAACGCACACUCAGAUCGUUAAAAUAGGGCCCUUAGUGUUGAUGAUGCAGAGAUGGGACUACAGCUCACAGCCUGCAUUGCUCUUUGGGGCUUAUACUUACUGGGACAUGGAAAUACUUUUUGUAUCAGACCCACUGACAUUUUUAUAAUUUUACUUCUAAAGGCAUCAGGACACACUAAAGAUCUUUAAAAAGUGAGAAUCUUCAGCCUGACUGUUUACAUGAGCUUCGCAGCAGGUAUAUCGUGGUGUUUUAGGUGUAAUUUAUUUUUCAUAUUUUGCAUCAGAGCUAGCUGUGCAGGCCUGCCGACUUCACUGAUGAGACACUCUGUCCUUUUGGCUGAUGUUCUCACCCAGAUUAACUCUGAGGAUCAGAUCCCAGUCCCCCUCGCCUCAAAUCUAUCAAAAUACCUGUUAUGUACUUAGAGGCGGCGGUCCACUUGCUGUUUUUAAAUUAUUUAAUUCAGAAUCAUGAUUACUAAAAGAAUGUGACUUUAAUUUUCUCUGACGCCAACUGUGCUGUCGUUUUGUAAAUCAUGGGUUCUAGAGAGAAAUCCGUUCAUAUCCGUCUGGGAAGAGUUCCCCUCUCUCUACACGUGACACUGCCUUUUUAAUCGUUUUUAAAAUCAAGGAUCUCCUUCCAAAAUCGCUUUACGUUAUGAGUGUUAUUGGCUUUAUGUUAAAUAUACAUAUUUUUAUUUAACAGCCGAGGUUUAAGGACAUAACUGUCUCUUUAGAAAGAAUGGCUGGUGUUUAAUUAAAGUUCAGUAAGAUGAAUUACUACCUGAGCAGUUUAUUUUAGUACGAAAGCCUUCGCGCGUACCUCAGCAGACCAUGGUCGGCUUUUAAUUUGGUUUGUUUUUGAGUGUGUGCUUGGUUUCUGCACAGUCUUUGAAUCAUGCCUGUGGACACGGGGAUAAAUGGGUUGCUUUAAUGUUUUUGUGUUCUGUAUCAGAGGAAUAAAAAUUAUGCAUUUGGAUCGAAAGGAACGGCAAUAUGUACAGUUUGUAAAUGGAGAUGGAAACAUUCCACGGAUAAGGCAAAAUGUAGCCUGUGAGCUAUAAAACAUUUUGUUUUUACAUAUGGAUAUUUUUCUGAGCUUUGAUUAUUGAUUGUACCUUAGACAGGAGAAAUUUCAGUGUGUCAAUCUAUUUCUACAACGUUUUCCUGUUUGAGACAUGAAAAAACCGACAAGGUUGCUGUUUCAGAAAGAUUAUCAGAACUAGCAUGAAUCCAAAAUUGUAGCUUUUUAAUGUUAUCAAAGCCAUUGAUAAAUGUCCCCAACAUGACAUCAGAGAGAGCCCUAAUGUUUGUACCACAUGAAAUGUAACGCACGCAGUUGCUUUAGCAGUUUCAGUUUCUCUUAUUUAGCCAAUAAAUGUAUUUCUCUGA